UCUGCGGGUCGAUCUUCUGCUGGCAGUAGGUGUGCGGCUGUCGUGCCCAUGGCUGCAAGAGCUGUCUUCCUGCUCAUCCUUGUGUUAAAUCUAGGAUGGAGUGUCUCUGGGAGAGUGAGGCGGUCUCAGGUGCGUAAGACGCGUGCCCAGGAGUCUGCAGGGGAGAGCGCGACCACCAGCUACGAGUACGAAGAUUACAACCCGGAGUAUGACGGAACAGUAUAUGAGGAAUACGACGAAGCAAACAAUAUUACAACUCCUAGAGCGUCGACGACAACCGCUGCUACUUCAUCUCCUGAGGAUGUCGGCAGUCGCCUGGGGGAGAACUUACCUACGGCUCCAGGUAUACCGGCCUCCGCUCCGGCUGCUCCAGAAAAUUACAACAGAGAAGUUAAGCCUUGCCAGUUCGAAGGCCGGUUCUACGCCGAGGGCGACUCCUGGAAUCCUGACUCUUGUACAUCGUGCUCAUGUCAGCGGGGGAACGUGCACUGCCAGCAGCUGGAGUCCUGUAUCAGGGGGAAAGGAGACGAGUGUGCUGGAGUAGUCUGUAUUGAGAAACAAUGUGCCACCCAGCAUUAUAUCCCGCUGGGAGAAUGCUGUCCUGUUUGUGCUGAUAACUUAGACGUACCACCCGGGUUAUCAUCUAGGCCUAGUGGAUACGCUCAGGAAGGUACAGUAGCGGAGGCAGUCCCUGUUCCUGGGCCAAGGGGAGACACAGGUACGCCGGGAGACAGAGGACAACCAGGGGAUAUCGGUCCUCCAGGAAGCCCCGGCAAUCCUGGGAUACCGGGCAAUCCCGGGCCUCCAGGACCCGUACCUGACGUGUCUUCAUACUACAACCAGUUGGCAUUAGUGAAUGCAGGCAAUGACAAGGGACCCAGCGACGCGGAGCCAUACAUGGGUUAUCCUGACGCAUUUCACUACCUUCAGGCCCAAGUAGGACCGGCGGGGCCCAGAGGCAUGCCGGGACCAUCAGGAUCUGCGGGUCCUCAAGGAUUUCAAGGUGUCAGGGGUGAGCCAGGAGAGCCUGGCCCUCCAGGAUCCCCUGGUAUCCCGGGUCCUAGGGGUCCCCCAGGAGUGCCAGGAAAAGAUGGAGAGCAAGGUGAGGAUGGCGAACCUGGAACGUCAGGAUCUGGAGGUCCUCCAGGGCCUAGGGGCCUUCCGGGCAUGCCAGGACUCCCAGGCAUUAAAGGCCACCGUGGGUUUCCGGGUCUGGAUGGGGCUAAGGGUGAACAGGGCCAACCGGGGGAGAAGGGAUCACUAGGGCCCUCGGGCCCCAUGGGGCCCAUCGGACCAGUGGGUCCCGUCGGGCCCAGAGGAGAAAGAGGAAGAGAAGGUCCUCCGGGUCCUCCAGGACUCAGGGGAAUCGACGGCAUCGCAGGAACUCCUGGAGCCCCGGGUGCAAUCGGUAAACCAGGAUCACCAGGAUUCCCUGGGUCUCCCGGAGCUAAAGGAGAUCAAGGAUCGCAGGGUCCGAAGGGCAGUCAGGGUUUACAAGGGCCUAGAGGUGAGUCUGGACGUCCAGGAAUAUCCGGUGAGUCAGGUCUACCAGGGCAACCCGGCAAGGAUGGAUACCCAGGAGAGAAGGGAAAUCCAGGGGCUAACGGCAUUCCAGGUCCUCCGGGCUUUCCAGGAGCUCGAGGACCCCCUGGACUCUCUGGCAGUGUCGGCCCUCAAGGCCCUAAAGGACAACAGGGUACGCCAGGAGAGAGGGGCUACAAGGGAGAAAAUGGAAUGAAAGGAGAAGGAGGAGCACCAGGACCUCGAGGCUUGCCGGGCCUGCAAGGAGCUGAUGGCAAGAGAGGGAAGCGUGGCCAGGUAGGGCCCGCCGGACCGACUGGACCAGUGGGCGAGAGGGGGUCCACCGGGCCGAGGGGUCUCCCCGGGGCGGACGGUGCUGCUGGACCUAAAGGCCAAACAGGAGACAGAGGACCGGAAGGACCCCAGGGGACGAAAGGAGCCACAGGAGAUUCAGGCAGGCCUGGUCCUCCAGGACUUCAGGGUCUGAGAGGUCCAGUAGGACGUACAGGAGCACCGGGAAAAUCUGGAAAUCCAGGCGAGCGAGGAAUCCAGGGGGCAGAUGGAAAACCCGGCGAUCAAGGGAUCCAGGGACUCCAGGGACUUCCAGGACCCCUUGGGCCACCAGGGGAAAAGGGAAUGCCGGGAGAACCAGGGAAGGAUGGUGAUCAAGGACCACAAGGAUCAGUGGGACCGCGAGGAGACCCUGGCAAAGACGGACCACCAGGCAUACAAGGACCUCCAGGACCACCAGGACUGGACGGGGAACGAGGAGCUGUCGGAUCGCCUGGACCAACUGGGUUUCAGGGACUACCAGGAAUAUCGGGAAACCCUGGAGCACCAGGUAAAGAUGGUGAGCCGGGAGUACAGGGUCCUCCAGGACAAUCAGGACCCGCAGGACUUCGAGGAGAAAGAGGAUUCCCGGGUGAGAGGGGAGCGGUUGGGCCUAUGGGACCGUCAGGACAACGUGGGGAGCCUGGAGUUCAAGGCAGUGACGGCGCACCGGGACCUCCUGGGGUUAGAGGUGAAAAGGGACAUUCUGGACCACUUGGACUUGUGGGCUUGCCCGGACUGAGGGGGAUGCCCGGCCCUCCAGGGGACAAAGGAGAUAGAGGAUCCGUGGGUCCAAUGGGACCGGAAGGCCCAGAAGGAAGACAAGGUGAAAGAGGACCUCCAGGUCCGUUGGGGUCUCAAGGACCUCCCGGAGAACCGGCUGAGAGAGGGGAUCCAGGACAACCGGGGCCGCCGGGAGAAGUAGGUGCGACGGGCAACCCAGGAGAGAGAGGUCCCGUUGGACCCCAAGGCCUUCAAGGGUUCCCAGGGCCGCAGGGGUUGGUAGGACUACCAGGGGUCAAGGGCGAAAGAGGACUCACCGGGCUGAAAGGAGAGCAAGGCAACCCAGGGCCUUCAGGGAGUCCUGGGGAGCAGGGUCCACCAGGGCUUGUGGGAUUGACCGGAGCUAAGGGAGCGAGAGGAGAGGCGGGGUCUCGGGGGGACCAGGGACUGAUGGGCCCACCUGGACGACCGGGCGAGCCGGGACAAGCGGGUCAAUCAGGACCAACAGGACCUCCGGGGCCAGCAGGGGUUCCUGGCAUCAAGGGAAUCCCAGGAGACUCCGGUCGACCUGGCAAUCCGGGGCCAAUGGGGCAACCGGGACCUCAGGGGUUGGACGGGAUCAAGGGAGAGCGAGGAGGCGAGGGCCCUCCUGGAGGACCAGGACCCGCAGGACCUCAGGGUUCUCCCGGUGACAGAGGAUUACCAGGACUUCCUGGAUCUACAGGACCUCCCGGUCUCAGCGGCCAACGGGGAGCUCCGGGAGAAACAGGACCUGCUGGUAAACCUGGGUCGGAUGGAGCUCCAGGACCACAGGGUGUUCAGGGCAACCCAGGACCUCCAGGACCUCUCGGCGAACAAGGUCCUGAAGGUCCCAGUGGGAAGAUGGGACCCCCAGGGAUAUCAGGUCGGCCUGGAGACAAGGGUCCUGUAGGAAUUCCUGGCAAUCCUGGAGCACCUGGAGCACCUGGCCUUAUGGGUCCUCCAGGCUCUUCGGGUCCCCCAGGACCUGCUGGCGAGAGGGGUCAAAGAGGAGAAACAGGACCUCAAGGAGUCGAGGGUCCGAUUGGACAAAGAGGGAAGCCAGGACCUCCGGGACCGGAAGGGGCCAGGGGUGAGAGAGGGGAGGUUGGUGCCAAAGGAGUUAAGGGCCAUAGAGGCCUGAAUGGACUUCAGGGACUGCCCGGUCUGCAGGGACCUCCUGGAGACAAAGGAAUGACAGGACCUCCUGGAUUGCCUGGCAAGGAUGGAGAACCCGGUGUUAGGGGUACUCCUGGAAGAGACGGAAAUCCUGGACCUCCGGGUGUAUCGGGACCGCAUGGACUUAGGGGACCACAAGGAGAGCCGGGCAAGGAUGGGACCCCCGGUAUCCCUGGACCACCAGGACCACCAGGACCGGCUGGGGAACCACUGGGGUACGACGCCGCGGCUCUGGCAGCCCUUCUGGAACAGGGGACAAACAAAGGUCCGGAUCCACUCAGCGGGGAUGAACCACCGAGACUGUUUGGCAAUGAUGUCACAGAAGAAGAGCGACGUGCCCUCUUACAGAAGGCUUAUCAGCAACUGAAAGCAAGUUUUGAGAGAUUCAAGAAACCGGAUGGAUCUAAGAGUGCCCCAGCAAAGACUUGCAGAGACCUUUCAGUAGCCUAUCCCACCUUGGCCAAUGGUGAGUAUUGGCUGGAUCCUAAUGAAGGAGACAUCAAGGACGCCAUUCUGGUAUAUUGCGACAUGGAGAACAAACUAACCUGUCUCCUGCCGCAACCUGCCGCUAGUCCUCAGAUUUCCCAUGUCGGUAGAGAGCAAGAGCUGUGGCUAUCUGAGAUCAAACCUGGAUUUAAGAUCAACUACAAGGCAGACAGCAACCAGAUAGGGUUCCUGCAGUUGCUGUCCUCCAGUGCUUCCCAGAAUUUGACGUACCACUGCCGUAACUCCGUGGGCUACUUUGAUCUACAACACAAGACCUACCGGCGAGGGCUGAAGCUGCUGGGGUGGAAUGAUGCUGAGAUCACCCCACGGGGGAACAUCAAAUUCCGCUAUACCGUCACCGAGGACGAAUGUCGAGCCCGGAAGCCAGAAUGGGGACGUACUACGAUCAGCUACUCCACGGACAAGUCACUGAGGCUGCCCAUCACCGACAUCGCUCUCAGAGACAUCGGCAAGUCCGACCAGAGCUUCUGGCUGGAGAUAGGAAUGGCCUGCUUCAAGUAGCCUCUGUACCCUCUGCACAUUGGUUUACCACGUACAGAUCGACGUAGUGUAGUCUGACACUUUUACCAUUCGUUACUUAUAUUGAGAGACUGAACAUAUGUUACUUAUUCUUCAUUAGGGAGUUGAGUUUUACUUUAUUGACCUUGUUCGUUUUUUAGUUGUACAUUUAAUAUCCUUGAAAAAUCAAUAACAUGUUUGAUAAUUUGAUAUGUAAGAAAAUACACAUCAUCCGACAAUGUAAUAAAAUGUAGAUUUUACCUAAUGCAUCCGACAAUUUAAAAUUUAUCUUUACAAAAUGAUUUGUUUGGCAAUCAUAGGUGCAACCAAAUCAUAAGACUGUGGCAUAAUGCAAUUCUAACUUCAAUAAAUGUAAUAAAUUAUAUAAAUAAAAAUAGAUCUCGAAUGUUUUUUUAAGUCAGUAAGCUGUGUGGACUAAGAUCUAGAACUAUUUUAGACCAUUGCCAAUGUCACUGCCCCGUAAAUCAUACGCACUGCCAUGAGAACUAAUUUGUAAAUAUUUUUUUACAUUGUUAUUAAUAAAUGUAUAUUAAUAUA